ACAAAGAAUCAGAAACCUCUAGUGAAGAAACUACAAGUGAUGAAAUCGCACCCUUAUCAGAUAAUACUAAUCAAACACCAAGUAAGGUUUCCACCUCCUUUACAAAUAAUCGAGCACCCAUUAGAGAUUACUUUUUAUCAACUCCUGAUGGAGCACACACUGCAGUUAACCAAACUGAUGCGAUAAUUGAACUUUUAACAAAAAUGAAUAUAGGCCAUAAGCUCUUAGGAGUAAUGACAGACAACGCUUCCAAUAUGAUUGCUAUGAGUCGUGUUCUAAAAGAAAGAAUGCAUAAUGAAUUUAGUAAUAUUAAUGUGCAGCAUUUUCGCUGUAGCACACAUAUUCUAAAUAUCAUUAUUAAAGAAGGAAUUAAGUCAGUCAGUAAAGAAAUUUCUAAA